AGAGAUGAUUGGUGCCCUCAUUCGCUCGAGUUCUAUACUCAGCAGCACGAGUGCGCUCGCGAAUCCUUUGGAUUUUGUUCACGGCAAGCUUUACCUAGUGGAGCCGCUAUCGCGGUUCGGGAUGUGUCGUUUUUAGAGACGUUUCUUUCGAAACUGUGGUGCGCGUCGCGACCUAAUUUUUCCUUGUUUUUAUCCGCAAACAUUAGUGGGAGUCUGUGGAGAAAUGUGGAAAGUGAUAUUUAUUUAAGCGUGUCGGAUGUGACCAGUUCGCCCGGGGCGUUAAUUAACCAGUGCAACUUGUGACCGUGCGUGAUUCUGAGGUAGAGGAUUCAUAGCUUCUUUCUACUCGACUGCCUUCCAUUACUAUUUAGUAGUUGCGACAAGUUGCCACGAGAUCGUUUCGUGUGAUUGCCCUUUUCCUCGAAGGAUCCCAAGGAUCGGCGGAACAAGGAUGCUUCGAAAAUUGGGUUAAAAGGUAUUCACGUACAUUUCGACGCUAGCGACGAUACGCAGGAUGACACAGCUCUUUAUCGUCGAUUAUGAAAUCGAGAGAGGUUGAACGGUGACAGAAUAUCGGUGCAUUGAAAUAGAUACUGAGGUUUGUUCCUCUUUAAUCUCGCCGGGGAAAAUUACGUAAUUCGCAGAGUAAAGCGAGCAACAAGCGACGAGAAUUUUUAAUCAAAGGCGACCGGCGGAAACGCGUUAAAGAAAAAUAAGAAUAGAGGUGACGCUGUCAGAGGAAAACAGACAUCGAAGCGAGUAAUGCAUUAAAGCAAAAAGAAAAAAAGCGUACGCUUUGUCGUAUAUUCACUGACGGCGAGCGCCGGAAUCGCGAGGGAGGACUCGAAUAGUUGAAAGCGAGGGAACAGAGAAGAUGUUUAUAGAACAACAAUGAAGACAGAGGCAGAAAAGGGGGAUUCACAUCUCUGCCGUCAAGUAGGGGAGCGAAAAUUAGUGGAUCGCGAUACAGCGAGGGUGUGCACGAAAAGUAACGCGAGGGAAGAGGAGUACAAAACGACCGAAAGGUAAAAGAGAAACGACAGAGGAAAGAAAAAACCGUGCCGCAUACGUAACGAAUGAAAAGAGGAAUACGUAGUAGAGGAGUACUCGAUCGAAACAGAGGAAAGAGAAAGGCGCGCCGCGUAAAAGGGAACGAUAAACGUUUGGCGGGAAGCCGGUCGGAAAAAAGAACGGGAAGGUGUCCGGAGAGGAAGGCGAACGACGAAGUUUCGGAUUAAGUGCAAUAGAGAAAGAGAAAGAGAGAGAGACUGAGAGAACGAAGGAAAGAAUAGGAGCGCUGGAGUCCGAUGUUCAGAAUCGGACGAUGGCCGGGGCUCUGUCCGAGAAUGCCCCGAGGCCUGUUAGUGUUGUUGCGGUAGGCGGUGUGGCUGCUGAUGACGCGAGGAACGACCAACCCAUCAGACCGCAGGAAUCACGGGACAAUGGACGUUCUUUCACUUCUACGGAGGCGCAAACGGAACUCCCGCUGCAAAGUGGUCCAGAGGCUCGGAGGAGAGAGAGGCGGAGGCGCAGACAUUGCCGUCGGGGCACGGGAUGGUACUCCAUGCCACCAUCUUAUCCUGGGAUAUCAGCGGGAUGCCAGGCUUCCUCGACUGCGCCUGGGGUACCACUGGUCGCUCCCACCAGAGGAAUUUUGCAUCCACCGCCGCCUCACUUAGGCCUCAGGGGCCUUAGUCUCGGUCUACCGUUUCCGGUCUCGACCAGCGUUUCUGCUUUCGGCCGGGAUGCGGUUCCGAAGCAGUGCUGCGGCCUUGGUUCCCCUCCUGUGCGUUGGUCCAUAUUGGGCGUCGGCGUGGUGGGCCUGGUGUGCGCGGGUGCCGGCGCUCUGCUGGGGGCUCUUAGGGCCUCGGGUCGCGAUCACAUCGCCGUCGCACUACUUAUGAUCGGUAUAGGAGUGGUUCUAGUAACCGUGAGCGCCGUAGCGUGGCGAGUGACCAGCCGAGAAAAUUGCGGCAGUUUUUUUGGUUUCACAGGGAUCUCAAGCAGGAUACCGCCAGCGAGGCCGAUUCAUCCUUACGCUGCCAUGAUUUAUCCGGAGUUUCAAUUUAGAACACCGCCACCGAGCUAUCAAGCGAGCAUGCAAGAGUACAGGCUGCGACUGCUGCUUCUGGAUCGGCUACAGCCGACGUCCUCGCCACCGCCAACUUAUAGGUCGAACGCUGGUAGCAUUGUGUCUCCCGGCACCGCUAGAGAAAGCAGACCGCCAAGCUAUUGCGCCAGAUCGGACGUUGCAUCAAAUGCGAACGUCGCGCCGUCGAAGAAGGACGCGAACUUGGUCAGGAUCGUUCAGACCGAAUCGGAGCCCGUAAUCCUCAGCGGGGACCAAACGCCUCCGAUCGCCGCUGUCGAAGUGCUCGCGCAUCUCUGACUCAUUCCCAUCUUCUCUUGUAAUUAUAGUACUCUUUCUUUAAAGUAUUAACACGUCGUGUAAGCGCGUUAUACUUCCGUGCAAUAUACAUUAAUGUUUUAGAGAUCUGUUCAUUCCGAAGAAAAGUCAAGAUCUUUUCGAUUAUCAUCUUGUAUAUAACAAUGUUAAGAUUGUCGUUUCGCAUUUUCUUUUUAUUCUUUUCCAUUUGUACAAUACUCGCGUUAAUAGACGAGAUUACGUGCGUUGCGAAUGUUGAGAUUAAAACGUAUCGACGAUGUAUAUUCUUCAUGUGCCGGUAUAGAAACUUUUAAGGUCUUCCUCUCGUUCAUGCGUGAUCCUGUAAAAUAGGGGAAAUAGGAUAUUCGAGGAAGUUGUAUAGAUACGUCGCUACUCUGCGACGGGUUAGACGUUCACGAUAUGUAUUCAACUAUCUAUUUCGUAUUGCUUCAAAAGACGAUAACAUAGUAUAUAAAACGCCUUCGUGGCGUUCCAUUGAGAUUGUUCGAUGGUAGUAUUAACAAUGACGAAAUGUCGUUUCUUUCCAUCGAAUCGUAAGAUGGUUUUAACGUAUUUUCCAAAUUCACUUCGUACGUGUAGUGACAUUAACGAAGCGUGUACAUAUACGUAUAUGCGCUGAAGCUGCAUGAAUUUAUGCGGAUUACCGUGAAACGUAGCUGCAGAUAAAUGAUGCAGCUUUGAAGAUAACAGUGUUGUUGCCGCAAGCUUUAACGCCAUACGGGGAUAUUUACUACUCGCUUUAUUAUUGCGAUUUCACGUGCAUAGAGAACGUGCCGCGAAAGGUCGGGCAAGAAAGGAUCUUGUGGAUUACGUACAAUAUGUGUACACAUACAUAUUUUUGUAGUUAUCAUUUCGUGGUUGAAAAAAGUAUGUAUGUAUCGCGCGUUACAGUACUGUCGGCUUUUAUAUACAGUAAUAACACAACGUUUUCUAAAUUGAUGAAUCAUAGUUCUCGCAACUCGGUGGUGGUUUCUUUCAUCGAGGUACGAACGGCUCACUGGAUUCCGGACUCGCUUCGCAAAUACGCAUAAGAAAUGUUACACGUUCUCUCUCUCUUUCUCUAAUGCUUCCUGUGAGUCGAUGAAAUUCGUAAAUAAGACAAUAACUUCGCAGACUUGCAAUAAAUAAUUUAAUUCUUUUUAAUUCUUUUUUUAGUAUUCCUUAGAGGAUUUCAUAAAUAAUUUCCAACAGU